GUUUUUCCAGCUCUCUCCCAGCUGAAGUGAGGGAGAGCUGAGCUGGUGGGGCUUUCUCCUCCGUUUUCCCGGGGACCCAGCAGCUCAGCCAUGAGCGGCAGGGGGGGGGAGGUGGAGUGUGAGCGGUGCAGGUGCCGCGGGGAGGACAAAUCUCCUGCCAUCCUCUACAGCCUGCUCAGCCAGAAGCUGCAGCAGAGCCCCAGCCCGGCCCAGCAGCGCUGCCUGUGCCACCAGCCCCGCACCGUCCGUCUCCGCAACCCCCGCCUCACCUGCCAAGCAGCCUCCAACGUCCUGGUCAAGACCCUCAGCUUCAUGAAAAACCUCCCUUCUUACCACCUGCUGCCGAGAGAGGAUCAGUUCCUGCUGCUGGAGAGUUGCUGGGUGCCGCUUUUCCUCCUGGGGUUGGUCCAGGAGGUGGUGACCUUCGAGGUGAUGGAGGUCCCGGCUCCCAGCAUGCUGAAGAAGAUCCUGCUGGAUGGUCAAAGCCAAGGGCAGGAGCCUGAGAGGACACAGCCCACCCUGGCUGCUGUGCAGAGGCUGCAGUGCUGCCUCAACACCUUCUGGAGCCUGGACCUGAGCCCGAAGGAAUAUGCCUACCUGAAGGGAGCCAUCCUCUUCAAUCCCGACGUUCCCGGGCUGAGAGCUUCCCUCUACAUCCAGAGCCUGCAGCAGGAAGCCCAGCGAGCUCUCCGGGAGGUCCUACAGCCCCUUCACCCCGAGGACCAGGGUCGUUUUGCCCGAAUUUUACUGAUCUCUUCCACCCUGAAAUCCAUCCCUCCCCCCCUGAUCACGGAUCUCUUCUUCCGCCCCGUCAUCGGGAACGCCGACAUCCUGGAGCUGAUGGCAGAGAUGCUGUGUGAGAUGAGUGGUGGGCAGCUGGCUCCAGCAGCACCCCUGGCAUGCUGAGCCCCUGCUCCCACACCCGUGGGUGAUCCCCACACAGCAGGGGGGAUCCAGGAGUAGGGAUUUCGCCAGGGAAGAGCUCUGGACUCUGCAGGGAACUGGUAGGACUGAGGCUAGAAGACACAUGGAUGGAUGGAGAGAUGGCUCCGGUUCCAGAUGCUUUCCAGCAGCUCCUGCUCCUUCCAUUGUACAGGGAUAGGAUGAAGGGAGAUGGUUUCCAACUGGGAGAGGGGAGAUUUAGAUAGGAUGUUAGGGAGGAAUUCUUGGGUGUGAGGGUGGUGAGAGCCUGGCCCAGGUUGCCCAGGGAAGCUGUGGCUGCCCCAUCCCUGGCAGUGUUGAAGGGCAGGUUGGAUGGGGCUUGGAGCAGCCUGGGCUGGUGGGAGGUGUCCCUGCCCAUGCAGGGG